GUUUUCUUUGAUUUGAACUUGUUAUACCUAUGCUUUGGGAAAUUAGUAAAAACCUUGUAGUGCUUUGUAAAGAUUGUCUUGACGAACCGGUUCUUUUAAACUAUUAUGUAACAGUAUAGUUUUUAGCCAGUGUUCAUAAUAGACCUGCUAUUAACUUUGUAAUUACUUUGCUACUAUAUUAUGUCUGCUGUUGGCAAGCCUCUUCUAUAUUCUUACUGGAGAAGUUCAUGUGCCUGGCGUGUCAGAAUUGCCUUGAAUUUAAAAGAAAUACAAUAUGAUAUCAAGCCUAUUAACUUAGUCAAAGAUGGGGGAGAGCAAAACUCUGAGGAAUUCAAAAAAAUAAAUCCUAUGGGACGAGUUCCAGCUUUACAUAUUGAUGGUCAUACAUUGAUUGAAUCAAUGAAUAUAAUUAACUAUUUAGAGGAAACUAGACCUGAAAGAGCUUUAAUGCCUAAUGAUGUUCUUAAAAGAAGUAAAGUUCGAGAAAUAUGUGAUAUAAUAGUCACAGGAAUACAGCCUUUACAAAACUGGACUCUUUUAUGUGAAUUAGAAGAAGACAAAAGGAAUGAAUGGGCCCAGCGAUGGAUCGAUAAAGGUUUCGAAGCUGUUGAAAAACUUUUAACCCUCUCUUCUGGAAAAUAUUGUGUUGGCAAUGAAAUUACUGUUGCUGACUGCUGUCUGAUACCACAGAUUUAUAAUGCUAGGAGGUAUAAAGUAAAUUUACAGUUAUAUCCAUUAAUUCUGAAAAUCGAAAAAGAACUUGAAAUCAUCCCUGCUUUUCAAGCUGCUCAUCCAUUAAAUCAACCAGAUUGUCCUGAAGAAGCUAAAAAAUGAUGGUUUUGUUAAACAUCCUUGCACACAUUUCUAAUAUAGAUAUAUGUUUAAAUAACAAUCACAAUUUAUUGUUCAUUACUUUUUGUAUUCAAGUUAUUAAAAAUAUAUUCAUGAUUUAUUUUUAUAAUUGAUCAUCAUUUGUGUAUCUAUUUAGAACCUGAAUGACUCUAAACGCAAAUGGCUGAUUAUUAAAUGAAGUGAUCAGUAACCAUAUUAUAUUUAUUACAGAUGUAAUUCAAUCUUCUUUAAAUAUAUUAUUGAUCUAUCUAGAUCUUAAUUUUAAUCAUGAAUAAUGUAAAAUUUGUAACAUAUCUUGAUGAAAAUGCCAAAUUUUACCUGGGAAAAAAAAAUAUAUAUGUUUUAAUUAUUUUCACAAUAAAUGGAACUGGAAGAUGCUGUCGACAACUAUCCAUUCCCAAAUAUUAAAUGAAGGGAUUCUGCAUAAUGUUAAUUCGGUCUCCUCAAUACUGAAAAGUAUUCAAGAGAUGGCGCUUAUGAAGCAACAUUUUAAUUUUUUCUUUCUAUUGUGAAUAUCAUCAUUUAAAUAACCCCACCAGCAAAUAAAGUACAUCUGUCUCCAUCAUAGAAAAAAUGUUAUAUUUCUGUUUUGUGCCAUUGUCAAGUCAAUGAGAUAAAAUGAACACAAAAGAUAUUGUGAUAGCUAUAUUUUUUUUUUAAUAAUGAAAUAUUUAAAUUCCUAAAAAUAAUUUGGAGUAAUAACAGGUAAAGACUAUAAGUGUAUUUAUUAUUUAAUUAUUGAUCCAUAAAUUUAUAUAAAAUAACUAAUCAACAACAUAUUAAGUAACAAUAUCUACAAUAAUUUAUCGAGUCUCUUCUUUUUUCCCAACAAUUUUAAAAUCUAUCACUUUUGGCUGGAUGGUUGUGGCAAUCUAUAUUUUAGCAUUUCAAUUUCAGCUUCAAAAUAAGACAUAUUGUCAUAGCAAAAAUAUUCAGGAUUUUUGUAAUUCGAUGUUUUAGACGCACCAGGACCUACAUCUGUAAAUCAU